AUGUCUGUUGAAAGUAUUAAAAGGCUUGUUCAAUGCGAAAAUGAUGCAAAGGAGAGAUUGGAGACUGCACGCAAAGAGCUAGAGGAUACGAAGGCACAGGCAAGAGCGGAUGCAAAGAUCAUGCUUGAGGGACUUAAGAAAGAAAACGAGCAGAAACUGCAUGUGUUGGAGAAUGAAGUACGCGAGUACAUGAAGCUGGUUGAGGAGAAGCUUGGUACAGAGCUAGAAGACCGAAUCAGGGCAUUGAAUAAUAUAAGGGACCGAGAAAGGAUUGUGUCUGUGCUAGUUGAGCAUGUGUGUGGAGUGGAAAAGAAAUAA